AUGACCGUGUUGGCGGGUCAUUUCUUAUUUGACACGUAUCGGUCUCGCCGUAACCAUGACUUAUUUUUCAGCCCUGCCGCUGUGCAACAUGUAGAGGAGCACGCGCGAUACGCAUGCACUGCAUUGAAGGGCAUGGAUGUUGUCGUAAGGAACUAUUACCUGAGAAAACCGGCGCCACCCGUUGCGGCACAUCGAUUUCUGCACAAUUCAACGCAUCUAACUCAAGCUGCUUCCGUCGACGACAAAGCGUUAACUGAUGUGGACAAGGGGAGCGUCGCAUUCUUCCCGCUAUGCUCUUCUUUUUUUAGCGAAAUACGAAACCGUUUGCAUCGCUUUAUGCUUCUAUUUUCCAACGAAACACAUACUGUGGUCUCUUCCUCCUUGAGGUAUCAAUGUCCUACGAGCCCCAAAGGUGAGCCCCUCACGGAGUCGUCGUCUCCGAUUUCUUUGGAGGGAAGCAACUCGGAUUGCCGGAGCUGUGAUGGCAAUCUGUCGCAAACUCGUAUAAUAGUGCAGCAGCAGACCGUAUCCUCGGACCUUGGAACUUGUCAAACAGACGCAAAACUCGAGGGAACUGGGUACCAUUUUGGCAUGAAAGAUAACAAAUUGAGUAGUGAUGAUACUUCACCUAGACAGGAGUUGGUGGCCUCUGCUGGAUGGCCUCCUUUUACGGAGAAGUAUGUUAGUCUGUCUUUAGAAUCUCAUAAGUUUACGUCAGGGGUCUGUGGUGAUAAUAGUAACGGCGGCGUGGCCAACGACACGUGCGCUCCGUCGGACACAUUACGGCGUCUGGUUCACCGCGCCACGCAUCAAUCGCUUGUUCGUUGUUUACCCCUCUCGAUUAUACCGGGAACGAAUUGCGAGGCGGACCCCUCCUACCUGGGCGCUGACUACCUGCGCAUUAUGCUGAGCGCCUUCCUGCUGUUGCCGUCGUCGCUACCUCCCAUGCGAGUGGGGAUUCUCGGCGUUGGCGGCGGCUCGUUGCCAUUGUUCCUUCUGCAUUACUUUAGCCGCUCGAUUCAUUGCUUGGACCUUGUGGAUCUUGAGCCGAUGUGUAUCCGUGCUGCUGUGCAGGAUCUUGGUUUUUGGGAUGCACUAAACCAGCAUGGGUUGGCUCUGGGAUCCCCAGAAGCACCGGAAGGGGAGCCCUAUUCGGGCUCACCGCUUACCAAGGUGCAUCUCGAAGACGCAGCCUCUUUUCUACGGAAACAUCAAGGCCAAAUAUCGGGUUUAUCUCUACUUACGCCCUAUCGCCCGAUGAACGGCACGCCCACCGCAUCGACACAAGCGGUCCCUGCUCCUGUAUCUUCCUCCUCCUCGUCAACGGAGGUACGCUUUAGUGAUGCGGAGCCACCCAUCAGCGGUCCUUCUUCCGCUUCUUCUUCUAUACCUCCCUCACGGAUCGUCGAGAAAGCAAAGCUACUAGUUACGCCAUCCCGUUUACCCCUUCCAUCCCUUUCUAAGCGGACAAGGGCAAGACCAUUCGACAUCCUUUUCGUUGAUCUCUUCAUGGGCAGCGAUCUCGCAGACGGGGUGGCCUCUGCUGAGUUUCUGACAUUGUGCCGGUCUUCGCUUUCUUCCUAUGGCGUUGUUGCCUUUAACCUUCCUGCGCGGGAUCGGCCAUUUGUGCAGCAGUGCCAGAGGAUCUUUGGAGAUGCCAACACCUAUCUCAUUCCAUGCCCUUCCUCUGCGAAUGUUAUUGUUUUGGCUCGCGGCGGUUCCGUCAGCGCGUUCACACGUGAAAGGUCAGGAGAGCGCACCGUUGACGGUGCAUUGCCUGCCCCGCGUCUAUCCCACCGAGUGCUUUAUCGCCGUGCAAUGGAGUUAUCCCAACGCCAUAGUCUUCCUUAUGACCUAAGCGCUCAUUACCCGGUGUGGUGGCGUUUUUGGUGA